AUCGCGAAAUGCAAUUCUCGAAAUAUCGAUAUACUCGAAGCAGCGAAUUGAUUACACAGUAUUUAUUAGAUCUUAGGUCUAUUCAUGGUCUGUUCCUCUUAUUGUUAAUUGCACUUUGAGGUUACCAAUUUUAUCUUGCUGUAUGCGAGAAAUAUUAUCAUCACGUGGUGUUACGUAUGUACAUACGAACAAGGAACCAUAAGAAACAUUGGCUUUUAUACUCAUUUAUAAAUUGUAAAGUCAAUGGAGGAAACUGUCGUCUGCCAUAUAGACAUAACCUUGUCGAGUCCUAAGACACGAUAGUAAACAGUAAACAAGUGGAAUAAAUUCGCCACCCGGUCGUUUCAAGUAGAAUAUUUCAUAAUGUCCGAAAACACAAGCGAAGCAGCAACAGCCGAAAAAGAAGCUACUAGUGAAGAAGAUGCUGUCUCGGAAGAGGAUAGACAAUACUUGGCAGAGUAUGUGCGGGAAACAGAACAAAGACUUGCAACAAAGGAAGAGAUUCGCGCAUCUAAUCUAAAUCCUACAAGACCUUUGGAUACAUCAUUCAGUAAACUUGACUCGAGUCUUAAGAGAAACACCACAUUUGUCAAGAAAUUGAAGAACUUUAGCAUGACUCAACUCGAUACUGUUUUAAAAGACAUGGCAAAUUUAAACUUGACCAAAUAUGUGAGCGAGGUUGCUACCGCUUUAGUGGAUGCCAAAUUAAAGAUGACCGACGUUGCACCAGCCAUUAGAGUAUGCAGUUUUCUUCAUCAGACAUAUGCUGAGUUUUCCACUCAUUUUUUCGAAAACUGGCAAAGGAUAUUGUCAUUAAAGAUUAAUGAUAAAAUCUCGAAUCCCAGCAAGUUGAGGGUAGAUCUUCGAUUCUAUGCAGAACUGGUAAAUGCUGGGAUAUUCACACACAAGCAGGGUUUGUCACUGCUAGGCUCAGUACUGACAGUGUUGAUCAAUAUGGAUAAGGAGGAGCAUAAUAAUGCCAGCAUAAUAUUGAGCUUCUGCCGACACUGUGGUGAGGAUUAUGCUGGUCUUGUACCAAAGAAGGUACGAGAACUAUCCGAGAAACUAAAUGUUCCGAUUCCAAAGAGCAAACUUUUGUCGCCAGACAAGCAACAGAACGUUAAAUUGUUACUACGGGACUAUUACAACUCUUUAUGCAAGCAUUUGUUGAAGGAACACAAGGAAUUGCAGGCGUUUGAAAAGCAGAAUCGCAAAAUAUUGCAGACUAGAGGUGAACUGAGUUUAGAGAGAAAGGAAAAAUUAGAGGCUCUCCAAGUCUCUUAUGAACGUUUGUUAACUAGUGUACAGAGCUUUUCUGAUACGCUGGAUGAGCCGAUGCUCGAACUUCCGGUGGACAAUGAGAUGAAGACCGAAUCAGAAGAAACGUUAAAGAUGAUUAAUGAGGGAGAAGAUAAUACUAUCUUGGAAGAUAUGUGGGGUGAUGAGGAAACGAGACGUUUCUAUGAAGUAUUACCAGACUUGACGGUUUUUCUGCCAGGUUCGUAUUUGAAGGAGACGCCGAAAGAAGCAUCAAAGACAGAUGUAUCGAUAACGGAGGAUGCUCUUGACGAAGAGAUAGUCUUUGAUGAGUUAGAGGAAGCUGAGAAAAUCGAGGAGCCACCGGAACCAGAAGUGGAGGAACCGCAAGUGUCCAAUACGAGCAAUAAGAUAUUAUUAGAUGCUUUCUUGACGCAUCUGCCGAACUGCGUCAAUCGGGAGAUGAUCGACAACGCUGCUGUGAACUUUCUGAUGAACCUUAACACGAAACACAACAAGAAAAAACUAGUAAAGGCUCUUUUUGGUGUUUCUAGGAUUCGUCAAGAUCUGCUACCCUUCUACUCUCGCUUGGCAGCCAUUCUCCAUCCGGUAAUGCCAGAAAUCGGCAACGAUCUAUGCCAAAUGCUAAAGCAAGAUUUCAAGUACCACGUCCAUAAGAAGGAUCAGAUCAACAUCGAGUCGAAGAUCAAGGUGGUCCGCUACAUUGGCGAGCUCGUCAAAUUUAAGCUCUAUUCGAAGAUAGAAGCACUCUACUGCUUGAAGGUAUUGUUGCACGAUUUUACGCAUCAUCACAUCGAGAUGGUCUGCAAUCUGUUGGAGAUCUGCGGUCGAUAUCUCUUCUGCUCGCCGGACUCUCAUCAGAGAACCAAAGUCUACCUGGAACAGAUGAUGCGUAAAAAAGCAGUUACUGCACUUGACUCACGCUAUGUCACGAUUAUCGAAAAUGCAUAUUAUUUCGUGAAUCCACCCGAGUCGACUGGCGGCGUCGCAAAGAAAGAUAGACCGCCUGUGCACGAAUUCAUCAGGAAAUUGCUAUAUCAGGAUUUAUCCAAGACGAAUACGGAUAAGGUGCUCAAAUGGAUGCGUAAACUUGACUGGGAAGAUGAGAACAUAUCGACAUAUGCCGUAAAAUGCCUGACUGCCGCUUACAAUGUUAAGUAUCCCAAUAUUCGUUGCGUGGGCAGUUUGUUGGCCGGCUUAGUGGCCCAUUAUGAGACCAUAGGGCCUCAGGUAGUCGAUGGUGUACUUGAGGAUAUACGACUGUGUAUGGAAAUAAACUUGCCUAAAUAUAACCAACGACGCAUUGCUAUGGUCAAAUACUUGGGCGAACUGUACAAUUACCGAAUGGUAGAAAGUGGCGACAUUUUCCGUACUUUAUAUUUACUGAUCACCUUUGGCGUCAGCGUGGACCACUCGUCACCGAGCAUACUUGAUCCAUCCGAUCAUCUGUUUCGCAUUCGUUUGGUAUGUACGUUAUUAGAGACUUGUGGCCAAUAUUUCAGCGGUGGCUCCAGCAAGAAGAAGCUUGAUUAUUUUCUGGUAUUUUUCCAAAAUUACUUCUGGUUCAAGUAUACAGAUCCCGUCUGGACGCCCGAAAAUCCAUUCCCCGUCGGGAUAGACUACAUGUAUCGCGAUACAUUAACGAUGCUACGGCCCAAAAUGCAAUUGUUCCAAAAUUAUAAAGAGGCGCAAUGUGCCAUAGAAGAAUUGCGAAACUCUUUAUACCCAAGUUUGGGUAAUCCUCCCGUUGAUGACAUCCCUGCGGAAGGCGAGAAUGACAUGAGCGUUAUCAUGGAAGGUGAUGAAGAAGCAACAGCGAUCGGAAACGGUAGCGGGGACGCGAAAGGUAUGGCCGAGCUGCACUUUGAAGAGUCCGAGGAUUGUUCGGAGGCGCAGUCGGAAGAGGAAUGGACGGCUGACGCGGAGCGGGACGAUGCUAUGGGCACCCAAGAGAACACUCAGGGUGAUCGGUCUCAGAGUCUGUCGGCAGAGGGUGGUACCGAAGGCGUAAUUAUGGACGUGACGGAAGAACUGAAUGCAGCUUUGCCAGCUGGACCGCGACGCGUGAGUUGUCCGGAGGACGAUGACUUUCUGUCCGCGCUGGAUAAAAUGGUAUCGGAUAAUAUACAAGAUAGAAUGCGAGAUUCGGUAAAACCGCAACAGGUCGAUAUCUCUGUGCCGUUGCAUGUAAAGAGCACAAAGAAAACAUACGAGCAGCUACAGGAAAGACCAACUGACAACAACACAGUGGAUUUUGUGCUAAUGUUGAGAAAGGGUAAUAAGCAACAAUACAAGAAUCUGGCGGUUCCAGUAUCAUCAGAGUUGGCCAUGAAUCUUAGGAAUCGCGAACAAGAACAGAAAGAAGAGAAGGAGCGCGUGAAAAGACUGACCUUGAACAUUACCGAGAGACAAGAGGAGGAAGACUACCAGGAGACUAUGAAUCAAAGCACCAGACCGGUCACCGUGAACCUGAAUAGAGAACGACGACAAAAGUAUAAUCAUCCUAAAGGAGCCCCCGAUGCCGAUCUAAUUUUCGGACCGAAGAAAAUUCGAUAAAAUCGAUUAAAAACUCUUAAAUUCGAAGCCGAAUUUUUGAAAAAUUCUCUCUAAGGAUUGAAAAAUAGACAGUACAUCUAUGAAAUGAUUACUUUACAAUUCGAACCUGUUUAAUUAUAGUUAGUGUUAUCAUUUUUUUUACUAUAGUACGUCAGAAUUUCUUCGAGAAUGAAUGUUGUAGUGUACCGAAUGAGUCAGAAUUUUGAUUCGAAUGUAUUAUAUGUAUAAAUAACGCGUAGUGCAUUUAAACGAAAAGAAUCAUAAACCACUGGUACAGUAAGCACUCAUUAAGUUAGCUAACUAACUUAUAAUAUACAAAUAUAUAAAAUUUAUUCUCCUGGCUGAAAUACAUGUAUAAAAAAAAAAUCAAUAUGGACUGUUACAACACACUGCCGAUUUUCGAUUACAAACAUAGAGUUUACUGUACCAUGUAAAUGCACUUUUAAUGCAACGAGGUGUACGUUGAUAAGUAUCAUUAAUCAUAUAACUUGCUGUGACGCGAAAAUAUUAUUAGACAUUUUUAUAAACUUAUAAUUCAUCGUUAUUUUAUGUCUAUCAACGAAAGCUAUGUUGUGAUAGAAUAUACGAUCAAUUUAUAUA